AUGGGAUCCUCCUCGGAUUUGGCUCCUCAUUUGGAUUUCAAUCUUGGUCUGGAAUUCCAAGAUGAGGUUCGACGGAGCUACAAGUCUCCGGUACAUCAUCCUUAUCCCACUCCCAAUGGCUCGUUCUUCCUUCUGGUCACAUUCCGUCGUUUCCUGUUCCGCCUGACUGAGGAUACGGUUGCUCUGGCACUGCAAUCCUGUUUGGGUGGCAAAGCUCUGGACUUUCAUGUUCAAUUCCUAAGCAACAAUCAUUUUCGGUUCUCGGUGUUCUCGAAAGAUGUUGGCUUCUUUGUUUACAAACUCCGCAGAGUCAUUACCAACAUGUUUGAUAUCUAUUUUCAUCUUUGGAACAAUGGCACACCCCACUGGGAACGUGAGAAGCAUGCUUGGGAGAUCGAGCAAGAAAAAGAAUGGACAAAGGUCCUGUCGCGUAGUUCAAAAAAGGCUGCUGCUAAGGCUUCAAAAUCCCAAAAGAAACCACGGGACAUGCAGCGGCAGGGAGACAUCACAUAUUUUGAGCAGCCACGGGACAUGCAACGGCAGGGAGACAUCCCCGCUGCAGGCGAUGCUGACCAUUCAAAACUCAAGAUCGUCUCUGGACCUUGUACUCGAUGCAUGAACAUGGGCCACACUCGCCCGAACUGUCCUGGUAUGCUCCGGUGUUGGGCCUGCCACAAUUUUGGUCACAUCAAAAAAAUAUGCUUAUCCCGUAGCAGAGCCAAUCUCAUUUGGCAACCGAAACCUCCGAGAGACAAAGACCUCCAGCUCGACCUUGACUUUCAAGCUGAUUUCCCGGACCACUCGGCUUCUAUUUUCUCAGGACAGAAACAAGCUAUUGAUGAUUUACAUCCGCCCUCAUCGCCACAUUUUCAGCAUGGUGAGGUCCUCGACAUCUGUCCUGAGGAUGUUUUGGGAAACAAUGCUACAAAUGAUGGAAGCUCAUCUCCAAGUGAUGCCAGCUCAACUCAGAUGGAGGAUCAUGCUCGCUUUGUUGCUUCACAGACCUGUUGUGCAAAUAUGCUCAUGCUCCACAAAAAUGGCCUCCCGAGUGAUACUGAACUGAGACAGAGGGCAACAGAUAUGCUUUAUAACUCAAAUGCAGUACCUCCGAGGUUCACCCUUAGGGGUAUUUUUGUAGAUGGGGCAAGCAGCUCGAGAAGCCAACAGCAGAUGCACAGGCCUAUCACCAUUGACACCUCUAGAUUUGCACAUCCUGUUGAAAAUGAAGAUGCAACCAGAUUAGGUGGUCAGAAUAGAAGGGUGAACCAUCCUCCACCUGAAGCAUCUGGUGUGGCAGUUGUAGUAUGGCGCCCUGCUCCUGCUGUGGAACUGUUGAGAGCUUUUCCCUAUUUCAUGGAGUGUCGGUGUAUUGCACUGGCCCUUGCAGCAUCCAAGAUUGGUCCUCCACUGACCAUUGAUGCUAUGAGGAUUGUACAUGAGGAGGUGGAUCUGCAAAUUUGGGUUCAGAACUCUAUCCCUGCCAGCCCUGUUAUGCUUGAGGAUGAGUUACCCGAGAGUUCAGCUCCUGUCAUCCCUGAUCUCACCCCGACUGAUACACUCUUCUUGUGCGCUUCUGGCCCAUCUAAUCUUGAAAUUCAAAUUGAGGGAAUCAGGCCUGGUCCAGAAAGCAGCAUGGGCCGGGCUGAUGGCAACCAAGCUCCUUAG